AGCCCGAUGAAUAGGCCUAUGGUGAACCUAUCUAUUUACUUCUGUUAACAAUAAAUAUGCAUUUCAGAUAAUGGAAACAAUAAUUUUCUUUUAUUGACGGCCAUCAGUGAUAGAUGACUGCAUGCAUUCCGAUGAGAUCACAUGAACCAGUGCUGUUUACCUUUUAUUUCUAAACUGGCCGUCCAAAACUAUGACACCACAAAAUGGAAAGGAUCCUGAUUUGAAUCCUAUUGUCUCUCAGCCUCAAUCAGUGCCAGCCCAUCCUGGAACAAAUCUGACUGUUCCUUUUCACAUACGUUGCCUCAGGGAUGAUCCAGAUGAUGCUGCAUUUGCAGGAAGGUUAACCGUGAAUGCUUUCAGGAGUAAAUAUGUCCAUGCAACUAGUGAAGGAAGCAUACCUGAUGUCAUUCGAACAGUUUCCAUGGAUCAACGUGGACAAGAUCCUGUUUACUAUGAGAGGAACUUAGUUGCAGAGUAUGACGGCAAACCUGUCGGUAUUAUCUACCUCAUAUUCCGUGGGGACCCUUUACCAAGGGAAAACACAGCAGCCUUAGACACCUUUGGGUGUUGUGAUGUUUGUGGCCUUAAAUGUUUGACCUAUGGUCUCCAGACGGUUGAAAACAUUGGGGAUCAGGAGUGUUACCUGGAUAUGGUGGCAGUUGAAGAGGAGUUUCGCGGAAAGGGCAUUGGGAAGGCAUUACUGGACAGGGCUGACCACGAGGCUCGCAUCCAUGGCUGUCAGACAAUAUCUCUUCUGGUGGGUGUUAACAACUGGGCGAUACGACUAUAUGAAAGGCAGGGAUACAGGGUCACUAGCCGAUCCUGGAAGUGUGGAUGGCUUUGGUGUACACUGGGUGUGUGUUGUUUCCUGAAAAUGGAAAAACGGCUGGACUAAUUCUUGAAGGAUAACACACAUACAUUGGUACACAGCUGGACUAAUUCUGGGAGACAGAUAACACACAAAUACCUUAGUACACAGCUGGACUAUUUCUGGGACACGGAUAACACACACAUACCUUGGUACACAGCCGGACUAAUUCUGGGAGGAUAACACACACAUACCUUGGUACACAGCUGGACUAUUUCUGGGACACGGAUAACACACACAUACCUUGGUACACAGCUGGACUAAUUCUGGGAAACGGAUAACACACACAUACCUUGGUAUACAGCCGGACUAAUUCUGGGAGGAGGAUAACACACACAUACCUUGGUACACAACUGGACUUAUUCUGGGAGGAUAACACACACAUACCUUGGUACACAGCCGGACUAAUUCUGGGAGAAGGAUAACACACACAUACCUUGGUACACAGCUGGACUAAUUCUGGGAGAUGUAUAACACACACAUACCUUGGUACACAACUGGACUAAUUCUGGGACACGGAUAACACACACAUACCUUGGUACACAGCUGGACUUAUUCUGGGAGGAUAACACAAACAUACCUUGGUACACAGCUGGACUAUUUCUGGGACACGGAUAACACACACAUACCUUGGUACACAGCUGGACUUAUUCUGGGAGGAUAACACAAACAUACCUUGGUACACAGCUGGACUAAUUCUGGGAGGAGGAUAACACACACAUACCUUGGUACACAGCUGGACUUAUUCUGGGAAGAUAACACACACAUACCUUGUACACAGCCGGACUUAUUCUGGGAGAUGGAUAACACACACAUACCUUGGUACACAGCUGGACUAGUUCUGGGACUCAGAUAACACACAUAUACCUUGGUACACAGCCGGACUAAUUCUGGGAGGAUAACACACACAUACCUUGGUACACAGCUGGACUAAUUCUGGGAGAUGGAUAACACAAACAUACCUUGGUACACAGCUGGACUAAUUCUGGGAGAUGGAUAACACACACAUACCUUGGUACACAGCUGGACUAAUUCUGGGAGAAGGAUAACACACACAUACCUUGGUACACAGCCGGACUAAUUCUGGGAGGAUAACACACACAUACCUUGGUACACAGCUGGACUAUUUCUGGGAGGAUAACACACACAUACCUUGGUACACAGCCGGACUAUUUCUGGGACACGGAUAACACACACAUACCUUGGUACACAGCUGGACUAUUUCUGGGAGAUGUAUAACACACACAUACCUUGGUACACAGCUGGACUAUUUCUGGGAGAUGGAUAACACACACAUACCUUGGUACACAGCCGGACUAAUUCUGGGAGAUGGAGAACACACACAUACCUUGGUACACAGCUGGACUAAUUCUGGGAGAAGGAUAACACACACAUACAUUGGAACCUUGCAUAAGGGUAACAGAUGGCGGUUUUUAAGAUAGUUUAUAUAUAUAUAUGAUAUACAUGAGCAGCAUACUCAAAAGUAAUACACUUAAGUUUCUAUAAAAUUAACUAUAUACAUCGUAUACUGUACAUGUAUUUAUUUACAUGUAUGCAAUGUUGUUAUAUUUUGUUGUUUUGCAAUAUGUUAAUUUGUUAAGUAUUCAAAUGGCAAUUUCACAUUUUCUGUUAAUUAUUAGCAAGACUAAUAUGUUAUGGUUUAAAAGUGCACCAGUUCACUUGUUUUGAAGACUUAAACAAGCAUCUUUUCCUUCAAGAUGCAUUCCUCCAUUUGUUUCGAUAUGUAAGCAUUACCAACCGAAAGUUUUUAUAAAUCUUAAAUCAUUUUGUUUAGAACAAGUUUAUAGUUUGUGUAUAAUUUUAAGAAUUCAGAACCUUGUCUCAAAUGCACCUGUUUAGGUCUGCUAUUGGUAGAACCUGUAUGUAUUGGUGUUUUUUUCUAGGUCUUCCCUUGGCAGAACAGUUAAUGGUAUCAUGCAAAUGUACUUGUUAGAUCUGCCCUUGGCAGAACAGUUAAUGGUAUCAUCCUUGUUAGAUCUGCCCUUGGCAGAACAGUCAAUGGUAUCAUCAUUGUUAGGUCUGCCCUUGGCAGAACAGUUAAUGGUAUCCUUGUUAGGUCUGGCCUUGGCAGAACAGUCAAUGGUAUCAUCCUUGUUAGGUCUGCCCUUGGCAGAACAGUCAAUGGUAUCAUCCUUGUUAGGUCUGCCCUUGGCAGAACAGUCAAUGGUAUCAUCCUUGUUAGGUCUGCCCUUGGCAGAACAGUUAAUGGUAUCAUCCUUGUUGGGUCUGCCCUUGGCAGAACAGUUAAUGGUAUCAUCCUUGUUAGGUCUGCCCUUGGCAGAACAGUUAAUGGUAUCAUCAUUGUUAGGUCUGCCCUUGGCAGAACAGUUAAUGGUAUCAUCAUUGUUAGGUCUGCCCUUGGCAGAACAUGUUUUGGUAUCAUCGAUUCAUCUUCUCAUCUUUCAAUUCAUCUACCAACAUUGAAACUGUCUGCAGCAUCAUGAUACAAGCAUUCAACCAUACUUCAUAAAAAUUUGACAAAUGUAUGUUUGAUGUUAAAUUCAGCAGACCUGUUUAAGGACAUUGGUACAGAAGGUGAACAUUUGGCUAGUCCUGAAAACAGUUUUAUCCAAGUUUCAUAAUAACACCUCACACUAAUAUUCUGGCCUAUGCAGUCUUGAGAAUUUACAGGUCUGUAGAAUGUAAAAUCUGUAGAAUGUUUCCGCGAUGAUGAGAAAAUCUGAUAACUGGUUCUCAAUCAGGUUUCUUACUGGAGAAUUCAACCAAAUUUCAUAAAACUUCCAAAACCUUUUUUAGACAUGAUUCUCUGGGGCCAGAUAUAUCAAUCAUAUGAUAGUUCACACUAUAAUAUUUACCAUUGUAUGGCACUGCCACUAUAUAACCCUACCAAUUCAGUUGCGAGUUCACCAGCUUAUGAACUACCAACUGAAAUUUGAAUUUGAAAAU